UCGUAGGCGCGGCGAACCCCGGUUGCUUACCGUUUCCCAAUGUUAAAUCGGUGUGCGUUCCUGCAAAACGGCUUGUUUCAGGAAACAGUACGAAUCUUUAAAUUAAUUAAUUAAAUUAAAAAUCAGUGUGUUUGUAUUAUCUUGUUGCCUGCAGCCCCUUCCCCUUCGUUCAGUGUGCGCAUGCGCCGGGUUCCCUUCUGUCUUAAUUUUUUAAUGGAAAUGGCUGCCUUUCUCAUCUAAACCUCUACCCAGCAGGAAUAUAUACCUCGAAAAUAAUCAGCAUUUAGUAUUUCAUUUUUUCGGAGGAGACGUUCGGCGAACGUUCUGCAGUCGAUCGCCUGCGAUCUGCUGUAAAAAUGAAUCCGUUUUAGAAUUUAAAGGAUGGAAGAUCUCUCGUUUUCCUAUUUAACCCUUUGCAUUCCAUGAUCCGCAAACAAUCGAGAAGAUGAUGCGCCAGGUUUCCAGCAACGCCAACGACUAUUGCAUGAGUGGCAGACCGUCCUGCCUUGCUGAAGAUGGGCGCCACCCCACCAGUCAUUUUGACCUAUGCACCUCCCAGUCAAAGUUCUACCCCCCUCCUCCCCCACCCCCUUUGCAAAUGCCCCUGCCCCCUCUGCCACCCCUGCCACAGAACACCCUGAAACCCAUGCCCUGCCAGCGGCAGGACGUCCGAAACGAACCCCUCCCGCUGCCCGGCGGGGUCAAAAACGGCGAGAAGCCCGAGGACUCCAAGAAAAAAAAGGGCGCCGGGAAAUCGGGGAGGCGGGGCCGGCCGUCGGGCACCACCAAGUCCGCGGGCUACAGAACCAGCACGGGCCGCCCGCUCGGCACCACCAAGGCGGCCGGCUUUAAAACUAGCCCGGGGAGGCCGCUGGGCACCACCAAGGCCGCCGGCUACAAGGUGAGCCCGGGACGCCCCCCCGGCAGCAUCAAGACCCUGUCCCGCCUGACGAAGCUGGGCUACGGCGCGUGCAGCGGCGCGGCUUUCCCCUACACCAUGAUGCACAAGAGAGGUUUGUGCGAGCCCAACGGCAAAGACAAGGAAGCUAACGAGACAUCUGCCGGAAAAAAAGAACCUGUUACUGGAGUACCCAACACCAGUUUCCCACAGUUUAUGUCUUGUCUGAAUUAACUGUCCAGUGCAUGCUGACAUAAACAACACCAGAAAUAUGAA